AUGCGUGGACCUCUCUACGAGAGAGUUAUAGGUACCAUCGUAAGCAGGCUUCUCUACGAUUCCAAAAAAGUGGUGCAGAUGGCAGGAAAGAAGUUCCAAUUUUUUAAAACAUUCGACACAAAUUUCACCGAAGACGACGAGUCCAUUGAUUUUCUCGACGAUGAAGUCUCAAGAAGUUCUGCAUCAACGCCGAAAAGCAAUUAUGACUAUAAACAAAAGGCGAAACCGGGCAAGGGAAAACCGAAGACGAAUGAAAACAUGGCUCUAGUGGAAAUGCUCGGCGGGUACUUGAAGGAAUCAAAGGAAACUAUUGAUACACAGAUCAACCUACAAAAUCAGAGGGUUCUUUCACCAUUCGCAUCCGCACUUGGCUACUGGGACAGCCUAUUGAACAACAUGCCAUAUCAACAGGCCCAGCUAACCGUAAGUAAGGCUAGCACUUUGAUUCACGAGGAAUCCCUGAAAGCAUUAAACAAGGAGUAA